UGCUGUCAAAACGAAAUUAGUAAACAUACCACUUUGUUUUUUUUCAUGCUGGUGAUUGUUUUGUGUUUAUUUUAUUUAAUUUUCCCUAAAUAACAAUAAUAUUCUCUACAUUUUUGAAAUGGAAACUUGGAAAUUGGCCAUUGUUGCCUUAAUAGCCAUAUAUUAUUGCUCACAAGUGAAUUUCGUUACUGGCUUGGAAUGCUAUGUGUGCUCCAAUCAAACGGGUAAUGUGGAAAAAUGCCUAAACACCAUUAAGACCUGUGAACCUGGUGAAGAUGUUUGUGGCACCGAAAUUCGUUGGGGCAGUCAGCCCUAUUUCUCUCAAGGUGCUUUGAAGCAAUACUAUGUCUCGAAACGUUGUAUGACCAAACAACGUUGUCAGGCCCAACGUAAGCGUCACAUGCCCUAUUGCACUCACAUUUGGUAUGAGGAUUGGUCAUGUCAUGAAUGCUGCCGUGGUGAUAGGUGUAAUUAUUUUGUCAUUAGUGGCUCUUCCAAGAACUUCAACUGCUAUAGCUCAAUUCUAACUGCAGCAAUGAGCGCAUUUAUAAUGGUAUGGUUAAGAAAACAAUUUGUUUAACCACAAGACGUUUCAAGUAUUCACCACAAUAGAAGCCAGCAUAUCAUAGCAGCUAAAUAGUAUAUACACCUACCACAUGUAUGUUAAUGUACAUAAGUUUUUACAAAAGUUUUAAAACAUCCGUCCAGAAAGUGCUCUUAUAUUUAAAUGCCUAGAAAGAGAAACAGAAGAAUCUUUAAAAACAAAACAACUCGAAUAUUUUUAAUAAUGUCACCAGCUAUUGGUUUAGAAUUAAGUUAAGAAAA